AAUCGCUUGCAACUUGCAACGCGGGGAAAUCAAGUAGACAAAGUUCUUGGUGGUGGAUGCUUCACGUGGAACGGCUGUGCCGUAUUGGUCUUCCUUCUUUUUCCUUUCGGCCGGGGAAGCCACUGUUGCACUCCUAUGGCUCUGUUGCUCUCUCCUUCGUUCUUUGAUCAGCCAGCGCUCCAGUCGGUAAACCGAACACUUGAAGGUGACCAUUUUCCUCUAAGUAGAGGAGGAAGGGGAACGGGAAGAAGAAGAGGAAGAACGUCUCUUUCGUUCAGUCGCAGCUCCAUGAUGGCAUCCACAAAGAAUCCAAAAAGCUGGGUUGAGUAUGAUGACAGACUUCCGCCUGCGCAGAGAACCCUCAUGGAGUCGCUUCUCAUCACUCUGGAUGCACAACUGGGCCCUGAGCUGAACCCUUGUUUGACUCCCUCUGAUGUUAGGUACUUCAAGAACCAGGAGGGUACCUGUCACGGCUCUGUCAAUCUUAGAUCUGGAACAGAAAACUCCAAGGUUCGCUACAUUUUGGCUUCCUGGCUUCACUGUGAGCUCCCUUUUGGUUUACUUGAUAGUACCACUCUUAUAUGCAUGCUUAACACCAAUACGUAUGCACCACACUUUCUUUUCGAGAUAAUACAAAAUAGUCCAACUUCAGCAGUACUCCUCAUGGAUUUGCUUCCUAGAAGAGAUCUUGUUCUUCACCCUGAUUACCUCAAGCAGUUCUACGAAGACACCCAAUUGGAUCUACAAAGACAGAAACUGGAAAAGCUGGAGUUAGUGCAGCCUUACAUCUCGCCAUUCCUUUCCAUCCGAACACUUUUUUCUCCAUCUGCAAUAUUGACAAACUUGAAUUGUGAAGGACAGUUAGUUGAUGGUAAAACUUGCUCAGUGGAAGAGUUAAUUGAUCAAACCUUGGGAAAGGUUGUGAAGGAGAUUAUGAGUAUUUGGUUUGAGCAGUAUGCUAGCCCUCAAGAAACAAAAAUGGAUGAGAAUGAGAAGGAUGGUAUUCUGCUACGUGACAAUAUGAUAUGGAACAUAGGCGUGGACAAAGAUAUGAGGUUAAACUUGCCAAGAUUGUUUAAUUCAGACAUUGCAAACCGAGUCUUGGCAGCUAUAGAGAAGGAAGUUUAUGUGCAAUAAGAAACAAAGUUGCAUCUCAUUCAAAAACUCAAUGUAUUUGUAUAUUAGUAGAUUUUGUGAACCAAAUUGUAAUGUGAGAUGGGAAGUCUAGUGGUUUUUGUGGUU